GUUCUGCUGACUGACAACAUCCACUCGGACCCUGUGGCGGAAACUACCCCGCCUCUCUUUAUUUCUUCUCCUUUUGCUCUCUCCUUGCUGAGCCGUGACUUGUAUACUUUUGGGGCAGCGUUGGUGGUUGAGCGUGCACGCUUCUGGGGCUGUUGUGUGUGUGUAUAUGUGUGUGUUUGUGUGCGCGUGAGUCAGUAUGCCAUGUCGUCCCCUGGCUCGUCGUUUGUGCAGAUAAAGCAUGAGGACCUGCUCUUCUAUGAGAACUGUGGAGGAGGCAGCUUUGGGAGCGUCUACAGAGCCCUCUGGAUUUCCCAGGACAAGGAAGUGGCUGUGAAGAAACUUCUGAAGAUUGACAAAGAGGCUGAGAUUCUUAGUGUCCUGAGUCAUAAGAACAUCAUUCAGUUUUAUGGAGCCGUGCUGGAAUCUCCCAACUAUGGCAUUGUCACAGAAUAUGCCAGUGCAGGUUCGCUGUAUGAGUACCUUUCCAGUGAGCAGAGUGAGGAGAUGGACAUGGAGCAGAUCAUGACAUGGGCCAUCCAGAUAGCCAAAGGGAUGCAUUACCUUCAUGCAGAAGCUCCAGUUAAAGUCAUUCACAGAGACCUCAAGUCACGGAACGUGGUAAUGACAGCAGACAGAGUGCUGAAGAUUUGUGACUUUGGGGCAUCUAAGUUCCUUUCUCAUACCACCCACAUGACGGUGGUGGGCACUUUUCCUUGGAUGGCUCCUGAAGUCAUUCAGAGCCUUCCUGUCUCAGAGACCUGCGACACUUACUCCUACGGCGUGGUGCUGUGGGAGAUGCUGACUCGGGAGGUUCCUUUCAAAGGUUUCGAGGGGCUGCAGGUUGCAUGGCUGGUGGUGGAAAAACAAGAGAGGCUGACCAUCCCCACCAGCUGUCCAGCUAGUUUUGCAGAGCUGAUGAGGAAAUGUUGGCAAGCAGACCCAAAGGAGCGUCCACAGUUCAAACAGGUGAUGGUAACCCUAGAGACCAUGGCCAACGACAGCAGGCUACCGGACCAGUGUAACUCCUUCCUACAUAACAAGGACCAGUGGAGGUGUGAAAUCGAGUCGACCCUGGAGCGCCUUCGGAAGCUGGAGAGGGAGCUUUACUCCAAAGAGAAGGAGCUGGAGGAGAGGGAGAGGAGGCUCAGACUGUGGGAGGAGAGGCUGAUGGAGAGGUCCAACAUGUCUCCCAGUCCGACCUCCCUACUCAUGGAGCGCUCAAACAUCUCACCAUUCUUCACACCACUGUCCAUCGGCUCCUCCGGCUCCUUCUUCCGCUCACACUCUCAGGACUCCAACAGUGCAGGGAUCAGCAGUGCUGGCGUCAGCUGUCUCCUCCGCACCCUCAGCAACGGAGACACGGAGAGAGGGAACAGCGCGGCGCUGGAGAGGGGGAUGGGUUCGCUCGACAGCGGGAGGCUGCACGCCUUCCCGUCCUUCCGAGGGUUGCAGGGGAGGUUCGGAGAGGAGGACGGGGAAGAGGAAGGAACCCUGGAGGAGAAGGGCUGGGGACAGAGGGAGCGGGAUGAGAGCGGGAGUAUGGAGGGAGGAAGAGUCCAGGUGACACUAAGGAGCUUCCCAGGUGGUGUGGUGGAGAGGGAGGAGAGGACAUGGGAGGAGGGGGACAGGGAGAGAGGAGGGAGGCAGAGGAGCAGGGUGACCACCAUAGUCCGAGGGUUUUCCGGUGGGUUCGGAGAGGCGGAAGGGGAGAGGGAGAAGGAAGGAGGGUGGGAGAUAGAAAAGUUGGGGGACCGGCUAGAUGAGAGAGGGAUGGAGGGAGGAAUAGAAGGAGGGAGGGUCUCGACUAUGUUCAAAGGGCUCCACAGUAGUUUGGGGGACAUGCUGUCCUUAGACAUGGAUGAGAUGGGGGACAUGGAGAGACUAGGCGACAUGGACAUGAACAUGAACAUGGGCGACCUGGGGAUGAUGAAAGUGAGGAGUGAGAUGGGGGUCAGGGGUCGCAGCAGGAGUGACAUGGGAGUCGUGGUCCAGGGAGUGAGAGGUGAUCGCAGCGAGGCCAUCAGCCAAAAGAUUAGAGGGGAAGUGGGGGUCAUCGGUCACUCGGGAGUGCAGGUGAGCAUGCGGGCUUCGUCCAAUCAGAACUCUGUGAAGAGCUGCAGCGUGCGACACGGAACCAAGAUCAACAUGGCGACUGCAGCCAUGGACAUGAUGGAGCUCGACUGGUCUGACAGUGACUAGAAAACACACCAGCACACACAUGCACAGGAGACUGUGGAAGCCCAUCUCUGCCAAUGUGAUGAAAAAAAAAGAUUAUUCAAGUCAUUAUACUGAGAAACCUGCUCAAAAUGAUGACUAAGAAUCUUAAAAUAUUAGUAUUAAUUAAACACACACAUUCAGUGGCCUCCCCCAUGUUAUUUUCUAUUGUUUUUAUUUUUUCAUUUUGGUUUUAAAACACAAAAACAAAACAAAAAAGGACACAUUUUUUUGUUUUUCUGCAUCUCAAAAUGAUGACUUAGUAUUGCAAAAUAUAAGAAUGAAUUAAUUACACACACUCAGUGGCCUCCCCCAUGUUAUUUUCUAUUGUUUUUAUUUUUUAUCUUUCUGUUUUGGUUUUAAAACACAAAAAAAGGACACAAUUUUUUGUUUUUCUGUAUCUCAAAAAUAAUGAGUUAACAUCGCAAAUGUUUUUUUUUAAUUUUUUUUUUUAGUUUUCCAUUUUGGUUUUAAAACGCAAAAACAAAAAAAGGACACGACUUUCUGUUUUCUGUAUCUCAUAAAUACUCAACAUUGGAAAAUAAUAAAUUACUAUUCCAAAAAAUUAGAAACUUUCUCAAAAUCUCAUUAUUUUAGAUAAAAACUCAUUAUUUAAUUGGAAUUUCUCUUUAUAAUGACUAACAAGAUCUUUUUUUCCAUCACUAAGCUUAGUUUUUAUUCUAUUUUUUCCUUUACUGGUGGAAAUGGGCUUCCAUAGAAAAGACACAUAGAAAUACACAAAGAGGCCAAACUAGAAAGAUUUUUACUUGUCAGCACGUACAGUAUCUGAGCGAUAGCAUGUGCAUUAGAAUCUCCGGUUGAAAAAGAGCUGGUAUACACACAUUUCUUUUGUUAUUUUUUUAUUGAAUGGAUGAAUACUAUACCCAUGUGUACUGUGAAGUAGGAAGGAGCAAAAAAGACAAUUAGCGGUUGUCUUGUCUUGUCAGAAUGACUUCACCUGUGUAAUUUAAUGUGCUUUUAAAACUGCUGCAUAACAUACUGUAAGAGGUACAAGUGUUACAAAAUAACACACUUGAAUGGCGCUCUAAUGAGGCAGCACUGUCUGAUUUUUUUUUUCUCCUGCUUUUAGAGUAUCUUGUAGUUUAUAGAUUUGAUUUGUUCAAAACAAGCUUUGACUUUAUCAGUUCUAACUGUGAUCUAGUGUGUGAAUGUUUGGCAUUUCUUUCUGUAUAUUUUAUCAUUUUUCAAUAAAAGAAAAGAAAAUUGA